AUGAUGUCACAACAAAGCAGGCACACGUUUUCCUCGAAGAAUAAGACCUUGCACAACACCGAAAAUGUCUCGUCAUCCAAACCUCGAAGUUUGAUGGAUAUCACAAACACGACCAAUACCAUGAACGGUUCUAUGCCUUCGUCUCUGAGAUAUUCCUUUCCUCUUCCAUCCAUGAAAGAUUCUUUCCCACCUCCAUCUCGAUCUGGCUCUCUGAAUAUCAACAUGAACAAGAUUAAAGACUUGAAGGAUCGCCAGGACAGAAUAAGGUCUCAAAGACACACGCUCAAGACCCAAUUGAUCGAGUGCGAAAGAGAAAUCAAAACCAUAAAGUUCCGAGAUCUGAGUAAGUCCAAGUUCGAGCUCUAUAAGAAAAAAGCCAAACAGUCGAAAUAUCUCAAACAAGUUAAAGAAUUGGCACGGACUCUAAAUUCCAAAGACAGUGAACGCGACAGGUUAAUCAAGAAAAACAAAUCAGAUUUAGCAGCUCUAAAUACCGAAUUGGGCCACAAUUCAACUUCGAAAAGGCAGGAACUCCAGGAAUCAUACAGUCAGAAACUCAUUUUUUGGGAAAAUGAACUACAAGUAAUGGAGGAUUUCAAACCUGAUCACGAAAUCACCAGGGAAAUUUCCCAUUUGCAAAAAGUGCUGCAAGAACUUGAUGAAGAUUCGGAGAAUCUAAAAAAGCAAAACUUGGAAAGACAAGUAAAUCACGAAUUCCAGUUAAACAAGGAUUUUGUGGCCUUCAAAGAAGCUAAAACGAGAUCGAUGGAAAACUUGACAAGUCAACAUCAUGAGCUGCUUGUCCAGCUGGCCACUCUACAAACGGAUAGUAAAAAUCUACGCGAGGAGAUCACGCAUAUAGAUGCUCAAACUCAAUGUUCAGAACAACAAAUCUCGGAAAUAAACAAAAAAAUAAAUCAGUUGGAACUAGAAAACAAUCCGUUAAUUGAUAAAUCCUUACAGAAUUCGCUAGAUUUGGAAGAUUUACUGAAACGAAUAGAUAAUUUGAAAGAAAUCGCCUCUCAGCGAGAAAAAUGGUACAAUGAUACCUAUAAUACUGUGGAAAGAGAAUUACUCAGAAGCAGGAAACUUGAAAACUCCAUCAUUGAACAGAAAGGUACGAUGCGUUGUUAUGCCUAUGUGAUGGAACAAAACCUACCUGAGAAUCUUUUGUUUGAUUACGAAAAUGGUACAAUUACUCAAAGUUUGAGUGAACAUGUUUACAGAUUCAAUAGAGUGAUUCCGCAUUUGAAAGUGUCCGAAGAUAAAUUCUUCCGUCAAGAAUAUAGCGUUUACCAUGAUAUGUGUUUAGAUCAGAAAAAAAAUUUUAACCUAAUCUCUCUAAGUACCUCUCCAUACGGUUCACUGAGAGAAUCUUUGGUAAAGUUCCUGACGGAAAGAGACACCAUAUAUCAGAAACAGUAUAUCAUCACCUUACAGUUUGUGUUUCUAUCAGAUGAUGAAUUUUCACAAGAUAUGUUGUUGGAUUACUCUCAUCAUGAUAAAGACAGCAUAAAAUUGAAAUUUGAGAAAAACUCGAUUUCUUUGGAUUCCAAACUUGUCAUUAUAGAAAAUGGGAUCGAUGAAUUACCCGUGAACUUUAACUGUGAUGACCAUCCAGAUUUACCUCAUUCUGGAAUGGGUAUAAUUAAGGUGCAGUUUUUUCCCCGGGGUUUAGAAAAUGAUGACGAAAACGAACCUGUACCGAUUGAUUUUUACUUUAUUGAGUUGCAUAACUUGAAAACUAUUGAACAGUUUGAGAAGAAUAUCUUCAAGAAAGAACCAUGCGAAACACCCAUCGCACUUGUUCUGAAAAAAUUAAUUUCUGAUACUAAGUCCUUUUUCUUGUUAAACUUGAAUGAUUCAAAAAAUGUCAGUAAGCUUUUAACCAUUUCAGAAGAAGUUCAAUCUCUCAGCCAACUUUGUAAGAAAAAGAAAAAGCCCACUCAACCUAGUUACACUACUGCAUAG